AAACCAGAGGGUGCGCGCGCUCCUUCUCUCCGCACGGAAAGAGCCGGAGAAGCCGACACAACAAGCCGCAACGCCACCGACAGCAGCGCCUCGACGUCAGCGAGAGAAACCCGGAGAAAGUGGCAGAAUGUCCGAAGAAAAGCCGAAGGAAGGAGUGAAGACGGAGAACGACCACAUUAACCUGAAGGUGGCGGGUCAGGAUGGAUCAGUGGUUCAGUUCAAAAUCAAAAGGCACACUCCCCUCAGCAAACUCAUGAAGGCAUACUGCGAAAGACAGGUAAACCCACCAGGAAAGGCUGACACACGUGCUCGUUGUUCACGGGAGACACCGUUACGUCAACAAACUUGUCUCUUUCAGGGACUGUCGAUUCGUCAGAUCAGGUUUAGGUUCGAUGGACAGCCAAUAAAUGAAACGGACACACCUGCACAGCUGGAGAUGGAGGAUGAGGACACAAUUGAUGUUUUUCAGCAACAAACAGGAGGAGUUGUUUAAGCGGCAUUUGGACUGUUGGUAGAGCAUCACCUUUUGUUCAUGUUGGGUUUCUUUUUCGUUAUAAUUUACUCCCCAUGCUUGGCUUCACGUCAGGCUGUUCUUGACAAAAAUUGGAUUCAUCUGGAACGCUUGAGAAGCUGAAUGGCCUUUUUUUAAAACCUUUUUUUUUAUUUGUCUAAAUGAAUUAUUUUAAAACCGUCAAAAGCAGGAGCACAUCUCAAGUGAGAAGUGUUGUCAUUUAAAAAGUACUUGCUGAGAUUUUAGGUGGAACGCUGUAAUUAUGUCCAUUUAUGGAAGAAUGAUUCUGAUGUUUUGUAACUUUUUAAAUCUUAUUUUCCAGCAACAUUUAUUUAAUAUCUACCUGGUGUAUCGCAAACAACAGGAACUUUUGUGGAAGAAAAUAUGUUCUGGUCAACUCGGAUGUAAUAAAUGAUGUUGCGCGGUGAGGUUCCUGGACCAAAAAUGCCCAGUUAUUUUUACUUCUACAACUCAAGAAGCUGAUAUAAAAAAAUAUACUGCAUUACUGAUACAUACUUUGACGCAGAGGGAAAUGGUUCUCUUGUAAAUGGACCCUUUUUCCCAUUUUUGUGGACCCUUAAAAAUAAAAUCACCUUUUAUCGAUCCAUUAUCAUUUAAAUAUUUCACUCACUGU